AUGCCUGUCUUGCCGAAACGUCUAUCGGGUUUCACUGUCAUUCCAAUUGCAUAUCCGAGCUCAUCACAUUUCAUCUAUGCAAGAGCUCACACCCCUCCUAAAUCCAAAACGUUGAAAUCUAAAAAUGUUCUACCUGAAGGACGCACGCUGUUUCUAGUCAACGUACCACCAGAUGCGACAGAGCAUGAGCUCACACUACUAUUCAAAGAUUGUGGGACAGUAGAACGCGUCUUAUUUGACUUCAACUCUGCCGACGCUCCGGAAGAGUACGCAUCCGAUUCUGACGAGGAGAUGGACGAGGCUGCUGAAGAAUUCGAUACUGAAGCACGACCUCGCAAGAAAAGGAAGCUCCAAACUUCCGAGCCCACGCCUCCUAAAGUGAUAUCCCUCCCUUCUCCAUCCCUUCGCACGCUGCGCAAAACUGGGUCUUGUGCCCAUCUCAUAUUUCUCGAUUCUUCAUCUCUUGCAAAAGCGCUUUCGCCCCCUACGUCACCCAAACCAUGGCCAUCCUCGGAGGAGCCCCGUGGUCUCUCUCACUAUAUGGCAAAAUAUGAUAAUGAGCGGCCUCCGCUAGAUACUAUCAAAGCUCACGCAGACAGCUUUAUGGAAUGCUUCGAAUUCGACCUUUCAAAGAGUAAACAAGAGGCCAAGUACCGGAAAGGGGAAGCAAUCGUGGACGAGGACGGAUUCACACUAGUCACUAGAGGAGGUGCUUAUGGACAAACGCUUGGCGGAGGUGUGGGCGUUGCCAGCAAGAAGUUCAUGCUCACUGGGCAAAUUGGAGGUAGAAAAAAGAAGGACAAAAAGAAGGAGAAGGAUGCGUUCUAUGCCUUCCAGAAGGCUGAAAAACAACGGAAAGUUAUACUCGACAUGAAGAACAACUUCGAGGCGGACAAGCAACGCAUAGAAAAACUGAAGGAAUCACGGCGGUUCAAGCCUUAUUAA